CCACUGCCGCUCUCACUCUCAUAUCUUCGCUUUGUCGGAUACAUUUGCGUGCGUGCAGGUUCAUUCCUGCAUUCCCAACACUUCACGAAUCUCAGACACUCGAGCCCGUUGAACCCGCACCACUAUAGCACAGCGCACAAUCUGUUGCUUCUCGUCACACCCAAUAGUACUCGUUUUGUGUUCAUUGCGCAACCUUACAUUGUAGAAACUAGUGCUUUGUGCGUCUAGGUGCGGUUGAGUGGAACAGUGCGUCUGGGUUGUAGUUGGUGGACCAGUAAGUCAGUUUGAGGAAAACUGACGCUGCUCUGUGGAUAUUAUGGACUGACGACUGAUCGGAAGCCUUCAGGACAAGGAGAGUGAUGCGUGUUAUUGGUGGGCUGAUGAACCGGGUAUGAGUAGGUGGUAGUUGUAAGUGUUGCUUAACUGCAUCAAGUGCUUCGAAAGAAAUUGUCGGUGAGCCCGUCGGAGUGUAGGUUUGGGAACAGUUCUAGUAAGAUAGAUGGCUUUGGGUAUGGGUCUCCCGGCGGAACAGUGCGAUAUUUUCGACCUUCACAACUAUGCAGACCAGGAAUAUUGGUCAGACCUGGAAGACCUCGAAGUGGACGAGGAGUAUGCUGUCACUCCUAGAGAAUUCGAGCCUGUUGUUCCACGCAGUUCUAAACGGACCUACGGAGUGUUCGUCAAUAGUGAGGCAGUGCCUGAGCGAUGGCAACGGCGCAGAAUUCAUGGGCAAUUUGAGCUUUUGCGUGCCGCCACCCCGAAUUCAUGCACUGAUGACAAGACAUCAAUCCUCGCAGAUUCACAUGAGUACAUCGAGAGGUUGCAAAGACAAAUACAGGAGCUGCAGUGUGAGCUCGAUGCUUCUUCUUGUUUCGAAGACGACUUGAGUUGCUGCGAAGAUGAUGCAAGCUCUUGUGAAGACGACUCGAGCCCGUGGUUUACAAAUGAAAAGAGAACUGUAGACUCGAAUCCUGCACCCAAAUCGUACAGUGCAUUGUCCGGCAUAUGCUCGCAACCUAUGGUUGAAGUUGGGAGGAACGAAAAAGGAUUAAAAAUCUAUGUCGAGUGUAACAACACUUCUGGGCUGUUGGUGGACAUUUUGAAUCUAUUGGAGUCAAGUGGUAUGAACGUGGAACAAGCAAGAAUAUCUUGUCAAGAAGUUCUUUUCUUGGAAUGCUUAGGAUUGAAGGGCGAGACCGGUGAUGAAAAUGACGAAGCCCACAGCGAGUGCGUGUCGCGAUUGAUCGCCGAGGAAGUGGCAGCAAGUUUGAGGUCUCUCAUUGCCAAGAAGGCUGAAGUCACGUUGCAAUAAGUUCAGGAACAUCUUCGAAUUAUGACCUGACUCGAAGCUUAGCCUCAUGUUAAUAAGUAUCCUUUCGGAAGCUGGAUCGGCUGAAUUUAUGAGCACAAUGCAGUUCGUCAUACAGUCGGAAUGGGUUCGAAGCAGAAAGACGCAACCCAGAUGGACUGAACUGUCAAAUUCGUCCUCACGAACACUCCAUUCUCACAAUUCUUGUUGCGAGGGGGUGCGGAUUCACGUGCUCUUUCCGGUAAAAUGCCGAGAUCGAGUUGCUUCAUUUCACUUCCCUUACAGCAGCGGGGAACAAUGACGGCUGUCCAGUCUCUUUGGCAGGCGAACUCCUCUCGCCUGAGACUGCAGCAGCGUUGUCAUGAAAUUCAAUGAAGCUCGACUUACCUAAAUGAAGCUCAUACUGGGUUCCUCAACGGCUCUCAGAGUUUGUAGUAAGCAAGUACUGGAUACAUUCAGCAUAUACUUAAGUGUAAAGUCAUAUGGCACUCACUCAUGCCACCUCCCUUUGUAGUGUAUCACUAUUUGCCGGGCUAGUCGGUUGUAACUGAUAUCAGUUUUCUCAAUUAGAUCUUAUUUUCAACAAAGAAACGCCCAAGAGACCAUGUCUGGUCUUGUCCACGAAGGCCUCAUCUGAAUGAUCGCCCCUCGUUGCGUUGUUCACUUCGUGAAACAUCCCUUGCCCACGUUGUGGGAACUUUUUUGGUUUAAACUUCCGUUUACUAUUUAUAACAUA